GCGUGUAUGUACAUGUAUGUGUGUGUGUACAUGUGUCUGUGUGUGUACAUGUGUCUGUGUGUGUAUGCAUGUACAUGUGUGUUUGUGUGUAUGUACGUACAUGUGUCUGUGUGUACAUGUGUAUGUAUGUACAUGUGUCUGUGUGUAUGUACAUGUGUCUGUGCGUGUGUGUUUCUGUGUAUGUACAUGUAUCUGUGUGUAUGCAUGUCUGUAUGUGCCUGUGUGUUUAUACAUGUGUCUGUAUGUGUGUGUGUGUACAUGUGUCUCUGUGCGUGUGUGUACAUAUUGUGUGUGUGUAUGUACAUGUCUGUGUGUACAGGUGUCUCUGUGUGUGUUUGUUGGUGAUCUGCCUGUGUGUACUGUA